GAUUCUAUAUAUAUAUUUGUAUCACCCGCGCGGUGCAGUGACUCCUCGUCCUUUGAUGUGUUGCACGUUGGGAAAGUGUUAAUAAAUGGGGCGACAAUGGAGAGAGAUCUCGCGCGCUCCAUGCCAGGCAUCAGAACCUCAAAAUAUGAAAAGAAUAAGGAAGACCAAAGGGCAUUUUAAAAAAGCCCGAAGUGAGUCACUCAGUCAGUGUUGCCGAUGCUGAAGUCACUGGGUUGACAAGCUGAUGGACUGGAGCUCAUCAUCGCAGUGGUCUGGGGUGACUGACUGAUGGUCCCACCUUUUGGGCUCUUUCAGCUUCUUCUGGAGCGAGCAGAAAGAGUGAACGGUAAGUGCGUGGAUGUUGCUCAUCGCAGGUCUCCACAUCACGUGACCCCACAGCACCAGGACAAGAGGGCAGGCCGGUAUCCUAACGGGUAAAAUUACCUUUAUUUACAAGUAGUAACUCAUUGUGAGGCGUGGCGUCAGCUGUCAAAGGCGAGAUGUGAAGUAGACAUAGAAAUAUGUGAGUUUAGGUUGGAAUAUAUUCUGGACACUAUAUCCCAUCAUAGGUGUAAUGAGAGGCAAAAUGGGGGACAUGUUCCCAUGUUGUUGCGCAACCCUAAUGUCCCCCGGUUGUUGUAUGGAAGUCCAGUUAGUGUGAUUGCUAUAUUUUUUGGUCCUCAGUAUCUGAAAAGUCGCUGUAUUCAACCACCCUUGCAAGUCCAUUGAUGUUUUGCCAACCUUUAGUGAGCUUCCACUGUUGUAGGUCCUAAGAAGGCCCCGAGAAGCAAUGUCAGGUCGCUGGGCAGAGGAGGCGACCCGAUUUUCACCCUGCGUUGAGAUUGACUCAAGUUCUGGCAUGAGGAAGAAGGCGACAGUGAGCUCUCAGCUGUGGAUGAAGCAGGAGAAGGACCCAGACACAGUGGGAGGCCAGUGGGAGACCACGACGUCAGGCAUCAUGAGUGACGUGGAGCAGGACAACACUCUCAGCAGCGCCGUUUCCACUGUGUCGCUGACCGAAGGCCUCUCCCCCAGCGUGAUGCUGACCAUCACUAGGCUCCAGUGUCUGCUCGAGAGCAAGCAGGAGAAGAUAAACUCGCUGGAGAAACAGAUAGAGGAUCUGCAGCAGGAUCGAAAGUUCCUCCGAGCACAGAUAGAGAACUUGACCAGUUCACGGUCAAGUUCAGCCAUAGAAGAUUCUAAACCAGGUAGGUCCCUGUAUUGUGACCCCAAGCCGCGGAAGCGGAUGAGGGCCACGUCUUCCAGCUCCUCCUUUAGCAGCGACAGCGGCUCGGAGGUGUCGAUCUCCACUGCGACAUCGGGAACGGCCAGCGAUGUCAAGAAGAAGAAACAUCACAAGGAGAAGAAGAGAGGCAGGAAGUCGAAAGACUACAGUCGCAAAAGAGCCACCGGGGUGCAGUAUGUCAUCCACCGCUACAAGCAGGUGCUCUCGGCCUUCAACAAGAAAAAGAGCAUGAGCGGGGCCUUCCGCCACUACGGCAUCGACCGCAACACCAUCGCCAACACGGCGCCCAUCGCCGAGCUCUACCUGGCGGCCAAGGAGACGCUGCCUCAGGUGGGGUUAUUCCACCCACGCGAGGAGACUCUGGUCAAGUACGCGCAAAAAUGCGCUGUGGUCAUCGAGAGUGACGAGGUGCUCUCCCGCAAGAUCGAGCUGAUGAAGGCCACGGGGGAGCUGCUGCCUAUUACAGCCAAGAAAUCCAAGAUGCCCCCCCUGAUCACCAGCUGAAGUGGCCUGGACCUGCAAUGCCUCGUACUUCAGACAGGUGGCGCAGUUUCUCUGGACAUUUUCUCAUCUUACACAUCUUCCAUAUUCCGUGCUAUAAACUCUCUAUUUUGCCUAUUUGGGUGCCAUCUGCACACCUUAUUUUAGAGUCAUCAUUCAUUUUCUAUGUCUUUCCUGAAGGAAGCGAUAUAUUUCUGAUGCAUUGCUAUGUGUUGCUAGGUGGCGUAAACAAUCUAAGCCUUUGAGCUCCUUUGACGUUUGCUGCAGUUUUGCUCGAGUUUCAAUCCCACACCCAGGGUGGCAAUGAUCCCUUUUGAUUAUGACCAAGACGUUAGGUACCAGGUGGGUAUUUGUUCGCUUCCUAUCAGGAAAUAACACUCCGGAGGAAAUCCAUUCAGGAGAAAGAACAUCGAGAAUAGCUUCUCGUCAUCUCAAGCCAUUCUUACAUGAUCAGCCUGGGUUGACUAGGUUAAUGUAUAACUUAACUUUUGUACUUAGUCUGUAUGUGAAUGUGUUUUGAAAUAUUUUCCAAUACAAAACAUAUGGAAUAGGAUCACUUUUAUAUCACAACUUAGGAGAGGUUUAUCAACAGCAUUUGAUUUUUAAAGAAAUGUAGGACAACGUGGUUUCUUUUCGUAAAUGUCAAAUGUAAACAUCCUUUAAAUAUGACUGAUGUAUGUAUGUGCCGAUGUAUUUCAAACAGAUAGGCAAUGAAAUAUCAGAAGUAAGAUGUCAUAUUAGGUAUGUCUGUUUGGUAGAGUACAGUAAAAUGAAAUGUUUUAAAACCUAAAGGACAGCAACAAUAGUGCAAGCAAUGUGAACUGCUAUGAAAUGUCCACUAGGUGGUGCUAGAUUAUGCUGUCUGUACCCACACUGAUAUCUUGUAUAUUUUUUUCAUUUAAAUACCUAAUUUUUAGGUUUUAGGUUGAAAUUUUCUUUUCUACUUAAGCAAAUAGUUUUGUAAUCCCAAAUAAUGUCAAAUACAUAAAUAUUGUUAUGUGUGUGGUACAUUAUAAAUUAAAGUGUAACAAACACAAUAUAAAUUUGUUUACUGCAUUCUGUGUACUACGUACAUUUUAUU